AUGGCGACCCUGGCGGAGAAGCUCGAGAAGAUCAAGUCUCCUAAGCUGCAGAAUCAGCACCAUACCGCCGUGGUGCUCUCUGCAGUGGAGGACACUCUUCGCGACCAAAAGGCAGACUUUUCCUCCACCGCUUAUUUCGCUGCGCUCCUUGCGCUCCUCUCACAGUCGCUGUCCGCCGACCAAGGAAUCGUUAACAAGGACCUGGCGACAUCCGUCGUCUAUCUGCUCGACAUCACCACCGGUUACGUUCCCGCUCCGAUUCUUUGCUCCAAAUUCUCUCAGAUUCUCACUGGUCUUGCGCCUGCUCUUUCGCUGCCCGAGGUCGAGGCCCCGCUUCUGCGACCAUCAAUUGGCUGUCUUGAGUCGCUUCUCAUUGCUCAGGAUGCCGCAGCAUGGAAUCUGCCUCACACUCAGAUCGGUCCCCGUCGGGCGACGGCGGGUCUGCUCAGCCUUUCAGUUGACCACCGGCCCAAGGUUCGGAAGCGCGCUCAGGAUGCGCUGGUCAAGGUUCUCAAGAAUCCCCCGCCCAGUCCGUCUCUGGAUCACCCGGCUGCGGAUAUGUGCGCCGAGUCUGCGAUGAAGACGCUUGGCGAUAGUAUUGCGACUGCGCUGAAGCAGAAGAAGGGCAAGCACGAUGCACAGAAAGACAACCACGAGCCUCUAAUUAUCCACUCGCUCCAGCUGGUGAAGACCAUUGCUACAGCCUCGGGCGGUUGGCCUAGCAAGAAGAUCGAGUCGCUCUGUGAACUGCUGAUGAACGCCUCUCGCUCCACCAACGAGUACAUCACUAUGGGUGCGUUCGAGGUCUUCGAGGUCAUUUUUGAGGGUAUGGCGGACGAGUUCUCGUCCUCGAAGCUUCCCCGUCUUUUGGAGGCCAUCUCCGAGCUUAAGCCCGCACAGAAUGACUCCCAACUUCUUCCUCCCUGGAUCGCUGUUUUGUCCCGUGGAUACGAUGUGUCUGCUCAAAUCAGCCCCGAAGACACCUUUGAGAAGCUUCCUGAACUUUUCCAGCUCAUCUCUGGAUUCUUGGCUUCGCCCUCAAACAACAUCCGCGUGUCCGCGUCUGAGUGUUUGAUCUCUUUCCUGCACAACUGUAUCCCCAACAGUGUUAUUAUAGACCCUUCUGUCUACGAUGAGAAGACUCUGGAGAAGCUGGCCAAGGCCGCCGCUGAUCUUCUGUCUGUCAAGUACCAGGCUGCUUGGAUGGAGGUUUUCAAUGUCUGCUCUGCCAUGUUCGAUUGCUUCAAGUGGCGCUCCAGCCCCUUCCUUAUCAGCCUUGUCACAACCGUGGGUGAGCUCCGCAGCAACGAGUCCUUCCACGGAAAGAAGGAGGCCGAUAGCGUUCUCAGCAGUGCCAUUGAGGCCAUGGGCCCCGCCGCCGUUCUCGACAUUCUGCCCUUGAACAUCAUUGAGCAGAAGAAUGGCCAGCCCGGUCGUGUCUGGUUGCUGCCUAUUCUCCGUGACUCAGUUACGAAUACCGACCUGGGUCACUUCCGUUCAGAGUUUGUGCCUUUGAGUGAGGCUCUUUACCAGAAGAUGGUUGAUUUCCGUAGUGCCGAGAAGCACGUUGAGAUGAAGAUCUUCGAAACUCUUGUCCAGCAAACCUGGGGAAUUCUUCCCGGAUACUGUGAACUGCCCCUCGACUUGGUUGAGGCCUUUGACCAGAGCUUUGCCGAGCUGCUUUCCAACGUCCUUUAUAAGCAGGCUGAGCUGCGCGUCGACAUCUGUCGCGCUCUGCAAAACCUUGUCGAGUCUAACCAGGCUAUCCUGGAGGUCGAAAGCGAGGAGGAGGAUUUGAUCCUGCAGCGCCGUAUCACUAAGGCUGCUGCCACCAAGAACAUUGCCCACAUGGCUGGCUUUGCCAGUAACCUGUUGGCCGUGCUGUUCAACGUUUACAGCCAGACUCUUCCGCACCACCGUGGCUACAUCCUGCAAUGUAUUAAUUCCUAUCUGAGCAUCACCCCCGAGGCAGAACUCAAUGAGACUUUCUCUCGUGUCACAGCCAUGCUCGAAUCCUCGCUGGCGGAGGAGCAGCAGCAGGAUGCACCCAAGCAGGAUCAGGCCAACAAGAUGCCCCCUACUUCACACACAUUGAUUGACCUGGUCAUUGCCAUGUCUAUCUAUCUGCCUCGCUCCAGCUUCAGCGGUCUCUUCGCUAUGGCCACCGCUAUUCUCAAUGGCACUUCCCCCAACCCCGAUCAGCAGCUUAUCAAGAAAGCUUACAAGCUCAUCCCCCGUCUUGCCUCAACCGAGACCGGUAGCGCUGCUCUGCAAGAGCGCAGCGGUGAGCUGCAGGCUCUCAUGCUGGCCACAUCUGACAAGACUCCCGCAUCUGGUCGCCGUGACCGCAUGCUCGCCAUUCACGAGCUGAUCACCCACCUGCCCACCUCCGAGCUCCACUUCAUCCCGGCUAUCUUGUCUGAGGUUGUCCUUGGAUGCAAGGAGAGUAACGAGAAGGCCCGUACUGCCGCUUUCGAUCUACUGAUCCACCUCUCCCACCGCACUACUGACCCCGAACGUAACCCCGAGGGCACUGUGAUUCGCAACUCACUGGUGGCUCACAUGCCCGAUGACUCACCUGACGCCCCUGCUACCAUUGAGGAGUUCUUCACCAUGGUGUCUGCCGGUUUGGCUGGCUCCUCUCCCCACAUGGUUGCUGCGUCCGUCACAGCCCUGUCCCGCCUCUUCUUCGAAUUCCACACUCAGCUCCGCCCCGAGGUUCUGUCUGACCUCGUGGCGACUGUCGAGCUCUUCCUUACCAGCAACAACCGCGAGAUCGUCCGGUCCGUCCUCGGCUUCGUCAAGGUUGCCGUUGUCGUUCUUCCCGAUGAGGCCUUGCGGCCCCGUCUCAAUGCCCUUGUCCCCAACCUCAUGGCUUGGAACAAGGAGCACAAGGGUCGUCUUCGCAGCAAGGUCAAGGGUAUCAUCGAUCGUCUGGUUCGCCGCUUCGGUGCUCCUCUCAUGGAGAGCCUGGUCGGUGAAGAUGACCGUAAGCUGGUCGUCAACAUUCGCAAGCAGCGUGAGCGCAACAAGCGCAAGAAGAAGGAGGGCGCCGAGGAUGAGGACGAGGAAGAUGAGAAGCCUGCCCAGCAGCAAUCCGGCGGCAACGCCUUUGACAAGGCCGUCUACGGCUCCGACUCCGAGGACUCAGACGACGGGUCUGACGAUGGCGCCAGUGACGUCGACGUCGAUGAGACCGCUCGCAUCAGAGGCAAGGGUGCUGGCGGCAGGAACAAGGGUCAGAGCAACCAGUACAUCCGCGAGACGUCUCCUGACGACAACCCGCUUGAUCUGCUGGCACCCGACGCUCUGGCUAACAUUUCUACCACCAAGCCUAGCCUGCGCUUCCUGAACACCGGCCCUGGCUCGAAGAAGAAGCGCAAUGCUAAGUUCGAUGCUGAUGGCCGUCUUCUUCUUGGCGAUGACGACGCUGCCGAAGACGUCGAGAUGGGCGGUGCCCAGGCUGGCGGUGUCAAUGCCUACCUCGAGGCUGUUAGUGGACCCGAUGCUGUCCGCCGCGGCCAGAAGGGUAAGGUCAGGAUGGGUCAAGCCAAGCGUGGUGGUGAUGCCAUGGACCUCGAUGAAGAUGAUGAAGGCGCUAUUAAGGAGAGCCUUCAGGGUCGUCGUGGUCUCGGUGCUCCCAAGACCCACGGCUCCCCCGGUGGCGGUCGUAUCGAGAAGCGCCGAACACCCUUCAAGGGUAAGGGCGGUGGCAUGAAGGGUGAUGGUGCCCGCGGACGUGGCGGCUUUGGUGGCCGUGGCGGUAGCCGUGGAGGAUUCGGUGAUCGUGGCGGUAGUCGUGGAGGAUUCGGUGAUCGCGGUGGUCGUGGAGGAUUCGGUGACCGCGGUGGCCGAGGUGGUGAUCGUGGUGGCCGUGGCGGUUUCGGAGCACGCGGCGGACGCGGAGGCUUCGGUGAUCGUGGCGGCGGCUUCGGUGGCCGUGGUGGUGGUCGUGGUGGUGGACGUGGAGGAUUCGGUGAUCGUGGUGGCCGAGGUGGUUCCGGUGGCCGCGGUCGCGGAAGCCGGUAA